AUGCCAUCGUCGACGUCGACAGGUGCUCCGUCCCUACCUCAGGGCCAUAGCCCUGAGUGGACACAGGGCAUGAUGUACCUCGCUGCCCACGAACUCAGUGCCCCCUCGGAGCGAUAUGUGUACAUUCUCUGGAUCCUCUUUGCAUGCUUGGCUCUCCUGCUAGGUAUUGAGCACAUGCUGGGCCUUACGCAACGCUCCUUCUUAGGCGCCGUGUGGACCAAGUGGGCUACCAUGCAUUACGUGCCGAAGACGCGUGUAGGUGCCUCCGUCUGGUAUAAAUGGCAGCAGUCGAUGUACAAGACCGCCUACGUGACCUUGCAAGCAGGCAACGUCCUCCUUCUUCUUCUGAUCCUCGUGCCUGUGCUGUGCCUGACCUUCAUCGGCGCCGACUAUAUCAACCCGCGUGCGUCCAUUUUCGACGUGCACACCAACUUUCCUACGCCGGACGAAGUUCGGAAGGCGCAUUCGAUGCCACAGCGUCGCGGUGUGCAAUGGGGUCUCGGUGACUACCCACGCGUGCUGACCAGACCACCGUCGUACACGCUGCCAUACCAUACGUACUGGUCGAUGGGGUCGCGAUUCGGCGACUUUUGCAAUGCGCUUACGCCCUUGGUCGUCUUGUUCGCACUGAAGCAAGCGCCUUUUGCCUUGAUGGCGCUCCCCCUUUUUGGGCGAUACUCCAUGGACGCCUUGUCUUUCCUCCAUCGCUGGGGCGGACGUCUGCUAUGGCUCUACGCACUCAUCCACACAAUUUUGUGGCUCGUACAAGUAUCCCAGGAUGCGCACGUAAAGCCGGGGCUUUGGUCUAUGCUCCUAGGCAUUGGCCGAUUCCGUUGGGCGAUCACAGCGUUCAUCUUUUUGACGCUGCUCGUGGUUCUGUCCGUGGGCCCGAUCCGUCGGCGGUAUUAUGAGUUCUUCUAUGUGACACAUAUUGUGUGUGUGAUUGGAUUCAUGAUUGCUACGUGGCUCCAUCAUCCGCAGCUGGGCUGGUGGAUGCUUGCUGCCUUUUUGUUAUGGGGCCUCGAACGUCUUUGGCGUCUGGGCCGCGUCUGGUACAUCAAUGGCCGGCCCUCGUCACCCCAGACGCUCAAGCCACUCACGCUCUCAACGAUGCAUACGUCCCCUCUUCCUACGGAUGUACCUGCCCCAUUCGGCAAGGACGACGAAUCCAUGCGGUGGAACGAGUCGGCGGAGCAUGUGCCCAUGGCGACGCCGUCCUGGGAGACUCUGCCUACGCCAUUCCGUCCUGUUAUCUCGGCAGACUUGCGACUGCAAUUGCAGCCUGGCUAUGCGUUUAUUCAGCCGCUCGCCGGGCAGAUGAUGAGGCUGGUCCUUCGUACCACGCGGCCGAUGUCAUGGCGCGCUGGUCAAUGGGUGUACCUGAUGCUCCCGACCUUGAGCUGGAUUCAGUCACAUCCCUUCACGAUCGCCUCGUCGUAUGUGCGCAAAGGCAAAGCGUUCUUGCCCGAGGAUCAAGAUGGCCGCGCUCCACGUGAUGCGGAUCAACUGAUUGUACUUCUGAUUCGCGCUCGAAAUGGCCUCACACGUCGCUUGUGGGACAGUGUUGCGCCUUCCGGUGACAAUGCUAUGCCAUCUCUCCACGCCUCGCACGUUCAUGGAAUGCAUGUGCGUGCGAUUGUGGAUGGCCCCUUUGGCAGUGCGGCCCGUAUGGACUGGGGUGCGUAUUCUACGUGCGUAAUUGUAUGUGGUGGAUCGGGUGUGACGCUGGGGUUGGCAGUGUUGGAGCACCUGUGCCGUAAGAUUGCCAACUAUUUGCAGGGCAAAUCCGUGCAUGGUGCCUAUGGCCGUUCGUUCUUGACCCGGCGCGUGCAUUUCGUAUGGGUGAUGCGCGAGUAUGCACAUGUGCAAUGGGCUGCCAGCACGCUUCGUUUGUGUCUCGAAAUGCUUCCUCCGUCGCACUUGCGGAUAGAGCUGUACGUGACGCGCGUGCAUGAACGGCCUGUGGCCCCUGCGCCGCCCAUGCCGCCGGUAGCUCCUACAUUGGCAGUCCCCGCCUCGGGUGAGAAUCUGCGUGUAAGCACGCCAGAUGUAGGUGCACCAGCGCAACAAACAGCAGCCAUGCAAACAUUGGGGCUUAAUGAUAACGAUCUUACGCAGUUUGGGCCUGACGAAGACGGGCCCCUGACAUUGGCAGAUCGCUCCAUGAACGAAUUCAUCCGGCAAGAAGGCAAACUUCGUCGUGAACGUACCCGACGCAAGCGCUCCAUGCGCCGUCCAGCACGAGCUCGUGUAGCGCCUAUGGAAUCGUUCGCGACACAACAUGCAAAUGUGCAGGCGGACAAGGACUUGGCAUCCAUGGGUAUUGUGCCUCAAGCCAACUGCAUGGACGAGGCGAGCGGCGCUUCGACGCCUCAGGAGGCGCUCAUGCCUUUGGACACGUCACGUCCCUUACCCCUGACGCCCAUUGAGACCUCGACGGAUCAUGCCUGGCCACCGCCUCCCACCUCGACAUCAGCAACGACCAAGCACGACUAUUUCUCCCUUCCUUCUGCUAUGCCAUCGCACGAAUCCAUUCCUAUGGAGCCACUUCGCCCCACGCCCCAGCAAGCAAGCACAUCCACACUUCAUAUACCAAUGACCUCAGCGACGGCCAACCUGGACCCGCAAGAAUAUCAAGACUAUACCAUUGUAUCAGAACUCACACGGGCUGGCUACCCACCUCUAGACGAUAUCAUCCGCACGGAAAUGACAAAUGCGCAAGGGCGCACAGCAGUUGUAGGCUGCGGACCGUCCGGCCUUAUGGCCUUGCUGCGUAUGGCCGUAUCGCACCACAUCGAGCUGCGCAAAGUUUGGCACGGUGACGCUUCAGGGCAUGCCAACCUAUUUACCGAAUCGUACGAGUCAUAG